GAUUGCGCUCAGCAACGCGAGUGACAGUGAGAUCCCAGAGUACACAUGCCUGCAGAACUUCUUCAAGCGCCAGUUGUCCAUGAUGGUAGACGGCAAUGUGGCUUGGCUGCAUCAGGUGCCCCUGCGGCCAGCGUCUGUCAACAUUUUGUGUGACACCUGGUACCAGAGCCCAAGUGCUUUUCACGGGCUCUUCCUUGUUGCGGCCCCGCCGGAUUGGGCCGCGGUUCCGCCUUCGAAGCUGUCGCGUGAUUCAGUGCGCCCCCUCACGCCCAUGGAGCACAUCUUGGC